CAAAAACUUGGUCUCGGAAUUUCGAAAAGGCAUCCAUGUUCAUGACUAAUAAUCUGAUGAUUGCAACUCAAUUGGUGAGACCAAGAAGUCGUAGACAUAUAAAUUUGAUCUGAGAGAUGGAGGAUCAAUAUAUAACGGCUAAACUAUAAUUCAUUUUGUAUUUGAAUAAAACGAUAAAAUAUAUGAUAUAUUACGAAUAUAGUAAGAUUAAAUAUCAAGUGAAUAUUAUUAUUUACAAUGUAAUAAAUGAUAAUGCCCACGAGCUCAGGAUAGACUUCUCAGGAAAGCAAUGCAGGCGUUCUUUAUGAAUGCAUGGUCGAAAGAAGACACUUAUUCUUGAAUCGAAAAUAUUAUCUUCAAUUAACAACCCAAUGCCUAACACUGUGCGAAAAACCGAACCAGUAGAAUCCAAAAUAUAUCUAUUAAUUAAAAAUCGAGAAAGUAUUCUCUUGGUCUGUUCUUAAUAAUAAGAUUGUUGGGUUUUAGCUUCCCUAUUAAGAUAAAAUCAAGGACUUCUUUGGUAAUCCUAAUGACAUGGUGAACCUCAAGGCAAAGAUGGGUGCUUUGGUGUGUUACUAAAAGAUAGAUAUGUUUUAUAAGAAGGAGGAAAUCCUUUAAGCUGGUUCUUUUGGAAAAGUCACUAAAGAAACCUGCAGGUUCACCUCCAAUCUCGUGGCAAUAAAGAGCAUCAAGUGCGAGAACAACCACAGCCCAACUAUCAGAAACGAAAUCGAGAUACUCAAAAGGUUGAAGCAAGGAAAUGCUUUAAACAUCCUCGAAAUCAAAGAGGUUUACAUGGAUGAACUCAACUACUAUAUAGUGACAGAGUACCUCCCUGGGUCCAAUCUAAAGUAGCAUCUAGAACGCAGAACAAAACCCUACUCGAUCCAAGAGGCUUUACAAAUAAUGGAGUCGCUUUUAAAGGGAGUGCAAUGUAUUCAUCAGAAUGGGAUCAUUCAUCGAGACCUUAAACCAGCAAACCUGAUGUAUCACAACAAUCAAAUCAAAAUAAUCGACUUCGGCUUAGCCUGUUUCAAUGGAAAGCAGCUUGAAUAACAUCCAUCUUGUGGCACUACUGGCUAUUCUGCCCCUGAAGUACUCAAUGUUUGGAACAAAAAACAAGCUUAUGAUUAUAAAGUAGAUUUGUUCAGUGUAGGAUGCAUAUUCUACAAACUAUUGACAUUGGAUGGACUGUUUAGAAGCAAUAAUGAAAAGGAGACAUUCAGAAAUAAUAAAACAUGUUAAUUCACAAUUAAGGAGAAAGGAUCAGUUUUCGAUUUAGUGUAACUCCUUGUGAAGGCUGAACCUCAGUAGAGACUGGAUUGUUGUCAAACUAUGGAAGCAAUUUAAGCAUUGCUUGAUUAUAAAUAUUUUGAUGUGAACACAUGGUAUGCUAACAAAUAAAAACAAUAUGGGAGAUCCCAGUGUGAGUUCAAUUAGGAACCACAAACUAAAUUAUCAAGACAAUGUAGUUUGACUAGUUUAAAAUAACAUGAACCCUAAACUGAAAGACAAAGAAAUAAAUCAAAAAAAAUAGAAUAAAAUUGA